AUGCUAAUUAAGAUUCACUUUAUAGCAGGUCGUGACUCUGACUUGAGUGAUACAGAAUCAGAGCCUGGUAUACCAUUAAAACGAAAACAGCGUCGUUCUCGUACAACUUUCACUGCGGAGCAGUUGGAAACAUUAGAGAAUGCCUUUAGACGUACACAAUAUCCUGAUGUAUAUUCACGCGAGGAAUUAGCGCAAACAACAGGUCUAACCGAAGCUCGUAUACAAGUAUGGUUUAGUAAUCGAAGGGCGAGAUUAAGAAAACAUUCAGGUGGAACUAGUGCUGGAUUAUCACCGAUGAAUGGUGGUAGUGCUGGUUCAGCAGCUAUUAGUGGUAGUGCCGCUUCAGCGCAACUUGGAUUUGGUUCAUUGGCAAUGGGUUCUAUGGCUGGCUAUAGCCCAGCUGCUGGUACAACACCAAGUGCCGCUAUGAAUGAUAAUCAUGGUGGACAUCAUCAUUCACAUCAUCAUGGUCAAAUGAGUAGUUAUGAUUUAGUAGCACAAUCAGCACAACAUGGUUUUCCUGGCAGUUUUCAACAUGGACAUUUCGGUGGUCAAAAUUAUUAUCAUCAAGAUUAUUCCAAACUUACAAUUGAUGAUUUCUCAAAACUGACAGCUGAAAGUGUUUCGAAAAUUUCACCUUCAAUUCAUCUGGGUGAUAACUUUCCAAAAUUGGAAACGGCACCGAAUUGGUCUCAAGCAGCAUAUCAUCUAAACCAAUCGGCAGUGGCCGCUGCUAAUUACAAUGCGGCAGCAGCCCAUCAUCAUGCCGCCGCGCAACAUUCACUUAACGAUUACGCUGCUGCUGGUGCCGCUCACACUAACCAGCUAAAUAGCGCAGCCGUUGCCGCCGCUGCUUACAAUCAUACGCUGCCCGCUCAAGGUCAGUCGGGAAAAUAUUGGUCAUGA